UUCAGAGCAUUUCGGAGUCCAGCGCGAGCGAUUCCGAACAAUUCCGAAUCGGUGUCCACACGACGAGUUUUUAGGUUAUAUUCAUCUGCAUGAUGAAACAUUGAAAUAAUACCUUGAGAUAAAUAUUCCCAACAAAAACGAACGCUCGCGUCGUCCUAGUGUUAACUCAAAAAUGCAGAAAGAAGAAUAACCGAUUUUUUUUAGAUAAAAAUAGAGAUAAUAAAUUUUGUAACAGUUGGUGUUUUUAUGAUGUUAAUUUCUGUGAAAUUCUGAGACUCGUACAUUUUCUUUUAGUAUUAUUAUCGCAGAAUUUGAAUACUGUCGUCUGAAAAAAAAAAAUUAAUUUUAAAGGACGAUUAGCCAUGUCAGGACUGUUUGAAGAGAUCAAACUACUUUAUGAUCAGGCACUAUACUGCAAUGUGAUCUCCCUGACGAAUCUAGUGCUCUCUCUCAGCGAGCACAAUGCAGACUUGCUGCCUGGCUACAGCAAGUUCCACGUGUAUGUCUAUUACGCGGACGCUCAUUUUCACCUGGGCAAAUAUCGCAGGGCGGAAACUCUCUAUAAGAAGGCCCUGCAAUUUCGCAAGUGUCUACUGAAGUCCAAAGGCACGGGGAAACCCAUGUUGGAUGGACAGAAGGAUCUGCCAUCGGAUGUCAACAUCAAGUAUCAGAUCCACUUGUGCCUAGUCAAGUCCAAAAACCUACAAGAAGCACUGCAAGUGCUACAGAGCAUCCCUGGCAAGCAGCGCACUGCCAAGGUAAACAUGGCAUUAGCCAAGAUGUUUCACGAGCAGGGAAUGGAACGAUCUGCUAUCACUACAUACAAGGAAGUUUUAAAGGAGUGUCCGCUGGCCUUAGAAGCAGCCGAGGGUCUCCUAUCUUUAGGAGUAAAGGGUGUAGAAGUUAACUCUCUGAUCGUCAGUUCCAUCUCCAAUUCGAUGAACUUGGAGUGGCUCAACACAUGGAUCAAGGCUCACGUUCACAUUCAUAACAGAGAAUAUACUCAUGCCGUGACAACGCUGAGAUCAUUGGACAAUGUUGUUCUGCUUAGAGAUAAUUUCAAUUUGUUAACUAUCAUGGGUGAGUGUUAUUAUUACGCUGGCGAUGACAAGAAUGCUCUGCUAUGCCUGAGACGAGCCCGCACUAUUGAGCCAGAUAUAACAAAAGGGGUAGACAUGUAUGCCGCAGUUUUGUACAAAAUGCAUCAUAUCAAAGAAUUGGAGCGACUGAUACCAGCGAUAACUACCAAUAACGAAUGUACCGGUGAGAUUUAUGUAGCCAUGGCAUACUCCUUAUAUGCUGCUAGAAAAUUCAGCAGAGCGAAUACUCUCACUGCUCAGGCAUUGAAUCUGAAUCCUAACGACAUAGAGGCUACGAUAUUACGGGGCAAUAUUCUUAUCGAGCAAAAGAAGUAUCAGGACGCGUUGUUCUUUUUCAGACACGCUGUGCAAUUGAAACCAUAUAGAUAUGAACCACAUAAAGGUUUAGUAGAUUGUCUUGUCGGAAUGCAUAGAUUGCGAGAAGCUCUGAAUAUCGCCAGUAGCUCUUGCAAGCAACUUGGACAUACCGCAAGAGUCCUAACGUUAUACGCUUCCGUCUUGAUGAAAGAUCCUGUAUCAGUAAGCAAAGCUAAGAACCUUCUUGAGAAAGCAUUGUCUCAAGAUGAGGUUUAUUUAGCAGCGGUGUACUUGCUUGCGGAGAUAUAUGAACAAGAAAUGAAUUUGGAAGCAGCUAUCGAACUACUUGAGAGACAGGUGGAAAUUCACUCUACCUGCAAACUCCAUCAGACUUUAGGAGACCUAUGGGCAAGAGUGCACAACGAGGAAAAGGCUUUAGAUCAUUAUGCCAUAGCUUUAAACUUGGAUCCGAAUAACAGAAGGGCUAUAGAGGGAAUGCACCGAUUAGAUAAUUCUUCUAGCAAACUGGAUUCAGCUUAUUAUAUGACCGUCGGUGAGGAACAAGCUGAUACAACCUAUGAUGUCGGUGAUGGUCUACCGGACACAGAUAAUGACGAGGCACCCGAGGAGAGCGAGACUGAAGCCAUUUGGUCGGAUAUGGACUUGGAAGCCAAUAGUCAGUAGUAAUUUUUAUUGCAGGAACGAAUAAUCAGUGAAGAUUGAUCAAAGUUUUAACUUCUUCAAGUUCUCAUUAUAGUGGAUUAAUCGAAAAAAAAUCUUGGGAGAAUAAUUCGUACGAAUGAAAUGAGACUGAGAUUGUUCGUGAUUAAUAUUAUUAGAGAGUAAUACAUCGUAGACAAUUCACUUGUUUUUAUAAUAAAUUCAAUGAUUGUACCGUCAUGGAGCUCUGUUGCCUAUUUUUAAAAAUAUAAAGUAAAUGUGUUGAAUUUUUA